AUGGCGGCCAAGCCCGUUGCCCAGUCUGGGAUGGAGAACUUCCGAAAGGUCAGGACAUCAGAGGAGGAGAGCCCCUUGCCCUUCCCCGACUUGCCCCCAGGUGUGGUGGAGAUGAAAGUGAAGGAAGGCAGCAAGAUCAGGAACCUGAUGAGCUUCGCCAUGGCUCAGAUGGAGCUGAAGGGCAGCCGGCAGAUUGUCUUCAGCGGCUGCGGCAGAGCAGUCACCAAGACCAUCACCUGCGUGGAGAUCAUGAAGAGAAAGCUGGGGGGUCUUCACCAGGUCACCAAGGUACGCUACAAAACCUUGCUGGAGGUCUGGGAGAACCGGGACCCGCUGCCCGGCGGUGCAGCACAGAAUCUGACCGUCCACAAGAACGUCCCUUCCAUCUGCAUCCUGCUCUCCCGUGACCCCCUGGACCCCAACCAGACGGGCUACCAACCCCCUGAGCCCAGAGAGGCAGGAGAAGACCCCUCGAGCUCCUCAGCCAAGGGGCUGAAGCGGCCCCCACCGCCUGCCCAUGAGGAACUGCUGCCCAAGAAGCUGCAGGUAGCGGGAGCCGGCAGCCUGCGGGGCUCGGGGACAAGAGACAGCCAGACCAAUGGCCACUACUGA